UGUUAUUACCAGAGUUAUCUACUAUUGGCGGAUGUUGUCAUUUUUACCGGAAGCACGUUUAUAAUUUCACUAUCAAGUCCUGAAGAAUAUUAUUGUGGUUUUUAAAGAAUUUUUUAAAAAGUAGAUUAAUAAACAUGGGUGGCACUAAAAAGAGAAAGUUUGAGCGAGGUGCAGCAACUGCUUUUAUGUCUAGGAAUAAAGCUAUCAAAAAGUUGCAGCUUUCACUACAAGAUUUUAGAACUCUAUGCAUAUUCAAAGGCAUUUACCCAGUGGAACCUCUUCAUAAGAAGAAAGUGAACAAAGGAAGCACAGCUGUAAAGACUUAUUAUAACCUGAAGGAUAUACAGUUUUUGUCCCAUGAUCAGCUCAUUGAAAAGUUUAGAGAAAGAAAGCAUUAUAUCAGAAAAUUAAAGAAAGCUAUAGCCAAAAAGAACAAGUUUAAAGAAUCCCUUAUUAGAGACAACAAACCAGUAUACAGCUUGAAGUCUGUCAUCAAAGAAAGGUACCCUUCCUUUGUAGAUGCUCUACGUGACCUAGAUGAUUGUUUGAACCUAUGUUUUGUUUUUGCAUCUUUCCCUAAGACAAGUAAAAUUCAUGCUGAGAUGAUACAGCUGUGUAAAACUAGAACUGUUGAAUUUCAACAUUAUGUGAUGGCAGCUAAGGCUUUACGAAAGGUGUUUGUGUCCAUCAAAGGUAUUUACUACCAAGCUGAUGUGAAAGGGGAAACAAUUACAUGGAUUGUAUCACAUAAACGCGGGCAUGAACCUCCACAAGAUGUAGACUUGAGGAUAAUGCAGAUAUUUGCAGAGUACUAUUCAGUUUUAUUGGGUCACAUCAACAUCAAACUAUAUAGUGAUAAUCAUUUAGUUUAUCCACCAGAGCUGAGUGUCCCACAACUUCACAUUGAAACUGAAAACACAGAAGAGAGUCUGUGCAGCUUAGCUCCAAUCAUUAAAACUACUGGGGAAAUCAUGGAUGAAGAGGAUGAUGAUCCAGAGGUGGAUGCAUUAAAUGCUAUCAGUGCUGAUGAUCCUGAAGUUGUUGAAAAAUCAAAAUUAGAGGCAAAGUCUGUUAAAAAGCUUAAAAAUUUGUUUAAAGGCCUCAAGUUUUAUUUAAACAGAGAAGUACCUAGAGAGGAUCUUACUUUUGUCAUUAGGUGUGGUGGUGGUAUUGUGUCCUGGGAUAAGUCACUGGGCGCUGGAGCUACAUACCAAGAAUCAGACAACAAAAUCACACAUCACAUAAUAGACAGACCAACACUGACCAACCAGAGAUUAGACAGAACAUAUAUACAGCCACAAUGGAUAUUUGACUGUUUUAAUGCAAGGACAAUUCUUCCAGCUAAAGAAUAUUUCCCUGGUGUUCCCUGCCCGCCUCACCUUUCACCUUUUGUUGAAGAGAAGGAAGGUGACUACAUCCCAGAAGAUAAGGUGAAAUUCCUAAAGCGGAUUAAAGGGGAAGACUUGGAUGAAGAAGAGGAACUUGAAGAAGAAUCCAGUGAAGAAGACAUGGAUGAGGAUGAGGAGAAUUCAAGUCAACAAAAAGUUGUUCCUAAGAGGAAACGGGAUGAAGAUGAAGACGCUGGGGAAACAAAGAAAGCUAAGACAAUGGCUGUGACAGAGGGUGCUGUUGAGAAAGUUGAUAAACAACGUCUACUCCAGCAACAAAAUGCUGAGGAACGCAGGCUUGGAGAAAUGAUGAUCCCAAAGAAACAUAAACGACUCUAUCAUAAAAUUAUGACCUCCAGAAAAAAACAGUCUCAAGAGGUUAAAAAGUUGCAGGAGAAAAAAGAUAAACUGAAAAAAAAGAAGCAGCAAAAAUAAACUUUUACUUAUUUUU